UUAUAGUUUAUUGAAAAAUAAUUUUUAUCUGGAAACUAUAUGUAAAAAUUAUUGAAAAGAAAAUAAAAAAAAUAAAAACAAUAACAGGCAACUCCUUCGUAAUUUACUUAUUAAUUGUGAAAGGAGUUCAUCGUAGUUGAAGAAAGAAAUCCCUCAGGUAUUUUGUCUCCUUGAUUCUGCAAGUAGAAGAAAAAACCGAAAUGAGCAGCGCAACUGACCCGCCAAACCCACCCGGAUUAACUAUAUUGCUCACAGAACCUAUUCGUUCUUUUCUCCUCUCAGCUUCCAAAGAACCACACCUGUCUCAGCAACUACGAGAUCUUGCUUCCUUCCUCGUCUCUCAACAUAAUGUACAGUACAAGUCUCUCCGCAGCAUAUGGAUCGCCUCCCCGCACUCUACCCGGCCCGACUUGAUCCGUCUCUUCUCUGGGUCCGAACUCGUCCUCACCAGUCCUAAGCCUAGAGAAAAGAGUGAAGAGCUGAAAGCGAGACUGAGGAAACUCGAGGAAUUGGCAGAGAGAAAUGCAUAUCAAGAGCUUGUUAAGGACAUUACUCCCAGGAAGGAUGAGAUUGAGCCUUUCUCUUCUUACAAGGAUCAGCUUGGUUUUGGUUUACAUGUUGCUCUGACCAUGUUCACUGGCUACUUGGUGGGAUAUGCAGCGUUCAGGGCAUUGUUUGGCCACAGUCCUGCAAUGAGUGCCGCCGGGGGGAUUCUUGGUUUAGUUUGUGGAAUGCUUGUAGAAACACUCCUUUUCAUUAUAAGGACUUCAAGUCAAGAUCCUAGAAAAUCAACUUCUUCAAGAUCAUCAACUUCUGCUUCGACUUUAAAGAAGAAUCAGUAGACUUGGUAAUAAAAGGUUGGUUUUUCAAAUCUGCUAGUGUUGCAUUCUGGAGUUAAAAGAUAUUUAACAAUAUUCUUGUAAGUAGUUAUGUAUACAUUCAGCGUAUGCAGCUCUUUCAGUUUGCGAAUUUACGAAAAUGUACCUCAUUCAUCCCAACUCUGAUUCUUAUAGGAAUUUAUGAAAAUGUGUAAUCUUGGGGACCCACUGGGCCUCUCUAAUCCAAGCCCGAAAGGCAUAGGUUUGGAUAAGCAGUUCUUUCACUAAAUCGAAUCUGGUCCAACCCAUAAAAAUGCUCACAUUCUAUGUUGGUCAGGUUUUGGAUCUGAUAUUACUUGAAAUUGAAGCCUGAUUGGCGUGAUCUAACCUCGCCUUAGAACUUAGAUGCGACAGAUAGAUGAGAGUUCCAUGUCAAGAAUGGUAAGAAAGUCUUUUAUGACUUAUGAGAGCCAUUGGGUUGGGUUGUCCAAAGUAUUAUUACUAAUGUCCAUGUUGAAACGGAUUCGAUACGUCUCUCUGUUUACUUAUAAACAGUGUUAUUCCUUCAAUUUAAUCUUAAGGCAGUAUUUCCUUUUUCUUUUCUUUCUUAAAGUA